AUGUCCUCUCCAGUCGGCAGAGCCUUGCCUCGUUUCCUCUUCCCUGAGGUCUUCGCGACUGAUUUCACUAUCCAUAAUCUUCCUUAUGGAGUUUUCCGAGCUCAGAGUGGAGAGUCUAGGAUUGGUACUGCUAUUGGAGAUAAGAUACUGGAUCUAUCGGUCCUUGCGAGGCAUCAAAGACUUCCACAGUGCUUUACUAACACCACUUUGAAUGAAUUUAUGGGCAUGGACAAAUCCGAGUGGAGUCGAGUUCGAGGUAAAAUACAGUCCUACCUUUCCGAUGACCAUCCUGAGUCCCUCAAGCACGACAAUGUGUUGUUGAAGGAAGCGAUGGUGGACAUGUCCAAGGUGCAGAUGAUGCUACCAUGCGACAUAGGAGAUUAUACGGACUUCUAUUCUUCUGAGGAGCAUGCUACUAACGUGGGUAAGAUGUUCCGUCCUAACCAAGACUCAUUACUGCCCAAUUGGAAGCACCUACCGGUCGGCUAUCACGGACGGGCCAGCAGUGUGGUUGUUAGUGGUACACCCAUAACUCGUCCAUGUGGUCAAAGGAAAGGCCCCAAUGAUCCUGUCCCCACCUUUGGCCCCAGCACGAGGAUGGAUAUCGAAUUGGAGAUGGGCUUCUUUGUGGGUGGGAAGGGUACUCAGCUGGGAGACCCCAUACCAUUAUCAGAAGCUGGGGAUCACAUCUUUGGGGUGGUCCUAAUGAACGACUGGUCAGCAAGAGACAUCCAGCAGUGGGAGUAUGUCCCCUUGGGGCCUUUCCUCGGCAAGAACUUCGGUACAUCUAUAAGCCCAUGGAUAGUCACAUGGGAAGCCCUGAAGCCGUUUAGGAUUCCCCUGACGAAAGAGCAAAUACCGCGCCCAUUGCCGUAUCUUGCGCACUCGGAAGAUUCCUCACCCCAAUUGGAUAUCGAGCUGACUGUAGAUUUGAAUGGUGAGCGUAUAUGCAAGUCAAACUUGAAAUACAUGUAUUGGUCUAUGGAGCAACAGCUAGCUCACCAUACAGUAAAUGGGUGUAAUGUGAAGGCUGGUGACUUGAUGGGAUCGGGGACUAUCAGUGUCCGAUACAAGCGGGAUCGAGGUGCUCUGCAGCUCCGAUGUGAUCAAUGCCGGUAUCGAGUAUAUCGUCAUGCUAUACCUAUCCUGGCAGUGGACUGUACAGCCAACCCUACGCAUAAGCAGAAAUUGACUAAACCGCCACCACGGUCGCUGCAGUUCCCGGAGUACCUUCUACCUUACAUAUCCGGCAAGCAAUUCAAGAAGCAUCCUAGCUGGCGUAAUCAGAAGAUAUUCCAGUGUUACCACUACACCCGGAACAACCGUCUUCGGUAG